AUGCUGGGCGGGGCAGGGCUGGCGUGGGAGAUAAUUUGGCUCUGGCUCGUGGCCGUCCUUGCUACGGACGUGGUGGGCUACUUUUUCCGCGCGCUGCAGGCGGCGUCGAUGGAGCGCCAGAUCGGCCUUGCAGACCCUGCCAUUUCCAUAGUCAUGAGCGUCUUCCCCGUUCUGGGGCCACGGGUGGACUUGCUCAAGGAUUGUCUGUUUGCUGGCGCCGUGUUUCAGCUCGCAGCCUGCCAAGCGGGCUCAUGGAGACGCACCGCAGGCCAGUCUCCUGUAGCUCUUCGCAGAGUGGAGGAAUCCCAGGUUUUGCAAGUAUGA